GAAUCCUGGCAUUUAUAACUAUGAAACAGUCCUUGCCAACCAGUUCACCGUGUGCCUGCGUUGCAAGGGGUAGACGAUUUACCAGCAGGUCUUGUCUGUGGAGAGACCCAGCACUCUGCAGAGCUGGAACUGGGGCUACUGUGGCCACUAUGCCUUUUACCACGCCCUGUACCCCCGGGCCUGGAUGGUCUAUGAGCUCCCGGGGCAGAAGGUGGUGCUCACUUGCCGACAGGUCUCUCCUGUCAUCCCCCAUGACUAUAAGGACUCCAGCCUGCCAGUGGAAGUGUUCAUUUGGGAGGUGGAGAACGGGAGGGAUGAGGACAUGGAAGUGUCCACCAUGUUCAGCCUGCAGAACGGCAUGGGAAGGAAGGAGGACAGGAGCGGAGGGCACUGGAACGAGCCCUUUGCCUUGGAGAAGGAUGGCGAGCGAGUUGCUGGAGUCCUGCUGCACCACUGCACGAGUGUGAACCCCUUCACUCUCGCCAUCUCUGCCCAGGAGAAGGCUGGCACGGGAGUCACCCACCUGACGGCAUUCAAUCCCACGGGAUUGGGUAGAGAGGUGUGGCAGGACCUCCUGCAGGAUGGCAGGCUGGAUUCACCCACCGGUCAAAGCAGCCUGACGGAGAAGGGGGAGGUGACGGCAGCGGCGGUGUGUGCCAGCUGCAGAGUGCCUGCCCGGGGACACAGGACACUGGAAUUGGCCCUGGCUUGGGAUAUGCCGUGUGUUCACUUUGGCUCCAAGGAGAAGCCGCCCUUCAAAGCCCACAGCCAAGGAAGAGGGACAAAGGUGCUCUCCCUUAGGGUCACCGUGGUGAGGCUGGAAGGGUACUGUGACUCCAUCACCAUUUUCACGGGACAAUGCUUCGUGGACAAGGAUGGAAAGGAGACUUUGAGGACCAUGUGGCUUCUGUGGUCCCAUGUGGACGACCUUGAAAAUGACUGGAAAGCCACCAUGUGA